AUUACCUACGGGAUUUAUGGGCAACGUAGUUCAAUGUUGACAUUUUAUGAAUAUUGAGGCGCUUCAAAUUAAAAGUCUCAGUUAAAUCGCAGCUGUUCAGAGGCUCCUUUUUGGUUAUGGAGACGUCCCCCUUGAAUCUAGCACACGAGAAACAAAGACGAGCAGAAGCAUUGUUACAAGAGGGAAAAUUUGAGGAAGCGGCAACGUGUCACGAAGCUGUGGCUGAUUUUUUGGGGGAGGCUCAUGUUCAACUCGAGUCCAGCCUUAUCCAUGUACACGCGUCUACCUUGUCUUCCCAAGAUUCAUCAAAAUUUCUGACACCGAUUCACUCACUCGUUACAUUGGAGUCCCUCAGUCUGCAACGGGAUUAUCAUAAGAGACAGGCGGCUGUUGUCAGAAUUUUAUUCGUUAGGAUGAAGCAAGCACAAUACGAGGAGUACAAAACGACACUAGAAAAUCGUCAGAAAGAUCUUCUCAAUAAACACGCAGCCAGAUAUAACGAGAAAGAUAAUUGUACAGAUAUAAGAAUCGAUAAGUUUGAUGGAUCUCUGCGUCAAGCCAUAUAUAAAACUAUUGAUGAACAAGAUAGUCUUCUGACUUUGAUAGACAUCAAGCUACCUAGUACAGAAGAAAAAAGUUUCAAACACCCAAAAGAUACGGGCACCGUUAUAGAAGAACUUAGAACCGUUAAUAGCCAAUUGCGAUCUCUUGUGGGAAGCUUGCUCAGUCAACUAGAAGCAAAGGAAGAAGAAGUACGCCAAUUAACAGAGCGUCUCUAUGCAGUUUCUGUAAAUUCUAAUGACGGUAUUAGAUCUGAAGAGCAUCCUCUUAGUCUUGAUCCCUUACCUCCAUUAACGCCUCUUGAAAUGCCACUUUUCGAUUUUACAUCUUCAUAAGAUGCAAAGUUUUUCACAUCUAAAAAUACGCUUCAGAUAUGUUCACGAAAAAACUUUAAAAUGAAAUUAAUAUUAACCAGUUAUAAUCAGCACUGAAAAUAUCAUAUUUUUAAAUAUCAUACUAUAUAUUGAAGUGUAUAUAAUUAAAUUUUAUAUAAGCAGUAUAUAGUAAAAUGUGACAUGUAUUUUUAUUGUAAAUUUUGAAGGGUGUAUGUGCUGAAAUGUAUAGUCUAUAUUUUGUUGCGUGUCCUUUUAAUUUAUGCUGAAAAUCUUUUUAAAAAUUUCAUAGUGUAUCGAAUCAGUUGUGCGGAAAAUUAAUACUUUUAAAGAAAUCAGUAAAAUAAGUGAUGGUGAAUUCUUCAGAAAAUGAUCGAUUUGUAAAUAAAAGUGUUCCAGAAAAGCAAAGUAUUUUGGGCGAUUGUUGGACCGCUUGUUCUGAGAUUGUACUUAAUCUUCUGUGAACCAUAAAUAAAUAAAGCUCCAGUUCAGUUCCAAGUGCCGCGAUUAUAGGAUUAAUUAAUUGUGUUUUUUAAUUCUUACAUCAGCCGGAAUAUUUUUAAUUUUAACACAUAUUCCAAAUUCAAGGUAUGUCAAUAUUUUAAAAAAAUUAAAUUAAAGUUAAUAUUUUAUAAGAUUUAGUUAAAACAUUUUAUGAAAAAACUAAUUCAAUUGCUAAUACGAAAUAAUAACAAGGAAUGUUUUUUGCAUUGAAAUGCAUUUUUUAGAUAAAUAAAUUUAUUUACAAUUUUUUAAUAUAGGUAUUUUUAACACAAAAGUAAAGUUAAUAAGUUAAGAUUUAUAUAAUAUGUUUUUAAAAUAACUAGUACAAAUCAGUUAUUACCUAAUUCUGUUUAAAUAAUAGAAUGUAUGCGAUAUCUUCAACAAAUGUCUUUGAAUAAAAAUGUCGGGACGAGAUAAUUGUAAAA